AUGUCUGAAGCUCCGCGUGUCGAGCUCAACAGCACGGAUCUAGAUUUCGAUCUAUCCGCAUCCACCAAUCAGUUCCAGCAAACAGUGAACAGCACACCCAAGAAGAUGCAGACCAACGGUACCUCGGCGCAGAACUCGCCCAGCACGCAGAAUCUGCAAAACAGUGCAAUCAGGGCUAAGGAUAGCAUCCUGGAGAUCUUAUCUGCGUCUCACGCACCCCCAGGCCAUGUGCACCACUUCUUCAGUCCUAACAUCCACGCAGCAGCAUCCCAGGCCAUGUCCGCCGCAAACAACCACCCCGCGGUCCAGAGCGCGAAGGAGACAGUUAUGAAUGGUCCUGUUGCACAGAGCGUCCAGGCUGAAGGUGCAAAGACUCGCGAUGAGUUCGCCGACCUUGCAAACUCCAAGCAGGUUCCCGACUACAAGGCUGCCACUGGCCAGAACCUCACCCACUACCACAGCAUGUUCUACCGCCUCCUGAGCUGGAAAAACCCUCGUGCAACUGCUAUCGCCUUCGCUACGACCGUCAUCCUCAUUUUCGCCUCCCGAUACCUGAACUUGAUCCGUUACGUCUUCAAGACCUCAUACCUGGUGCUUGGUGCUACCGCUACCGCAGAGGUUGUUGGACAACUGGCGAUUGGACGUGGCCUUACCUCGCAGUUCAGGCCUCGACAAUACUUCACCAUCCCCAAGGCGUCGCUUGAACGUAUGACAGACGAUGUGGAGCAGCUUAUUAACUUCUUCGUCAUCGAGUCCCAGCGCGUGGUCUUCGCUGAGAAUGUAUACGUUACCAUUGCUGCCUUCUUCGCCUCUUUGACGUCCUACUUCCUCAUCAAAUUCGUUCCCCUCUGGGGCUUAAGCCUGAUCGGCACCGUCAUCACCUUCCUCGGACCCCUUGUCUACAUCAAGAACAAAGAGUUUAUAGACGCUCAGCUUGAGAAAGGAUUGAACGUUGCCAACCAACAGGCUAAGCAGGUCAAGGACCUUGCCGCUCAGCACACUGAGAACGCCGUGAAGACGGUACAAGGAUACACCCAGCAGGCCACCGCAAAGGCCCAGGAGACGGUCAACCAGUACCGUGGAACUUCCCCCACACCCAAAAUCGGUGCCAAGAAGGAGGACUUCCCUGCCGCACCUACGGAGGACCUAUCUACUGCUUCCAAGCAAGACUUGCCUGAUGCUCCCAAGCAUGAUCCCACCGCAGAGACCACGGAAGAAGAGAUCACGCCGGAGCCUGCCAACUAA